UGUAGAUCAUGCCCAGGCGGUCAAACACCUCCUGUGCAGGUGGGGUGACAUAGUCAGAGCCCUGGGACUCAGCGCGAGCAUCAGGCCCUCUCUGUGCUUACAGCCCCCAUGGCCCCCAAAAAGCCAGAUCCCAAGAAGGAUGAGGCCAAGGCAGCCUCCAAGGCAGCUCCAGCUCCUGCACCCGCACCUGAGCCGGAGCGCCCAAAGGAGGUCGAGUUUGAUGCCUCCAAGAUCAAGAUCGAGUUCACACCAGAGCAGAUUGAAGAGUUCAAGGAAGCCUUCAUGCUGUUCGACCGCACACCCAAGUGUGAGAUGAAGAUCACGUACGGGCAGUGUGGGGACGUCCUGCGGGCACUGGGCCAGAACCCCACGCAGGCGGAGGUGCUCCGCGUCCUGGGGAAGCCCAAACAGGAAGAGCUCAAUACCAAGAUGAUGGACUUCGAAACGUUCCUGCCCAUGCUCCAGCACAUUGCCAAGAACAAGGACACAGGCACCUAUGAGGACUUCGUGGAGGGGCUGCGGGUCUUUGACAAGGAGGGCAACGGCACGGUCAUGGGUGCCGAGCUCCGCCAUGUGCUGGCCACGCUGGGUGAGCGGCUGACGGAAGACGAGGUGGAGAAACUGAUGGCAGGGCAAGAGGACUCCAACGGCUGCAUCAACUAUGAAGGUGGGCUCGGCAAGGCGGGGCUUGCUGGAGGGAGCGUGGGACCAGGCCCAGCCUUGGCGGCUCACCCUCCCCUUCUUUCCAGCAUUCGUGAAGCACAUCAUGGCCAGCUGAACCCCCACCCAGGGAGCCCAGGGCAGGCCGUGCUGGGGACGUCUCUUCUGCUAUGUGUGAUGCUGACACCAGUGGCCUGGAGUUGCGGGAAGGAGCGAAGCGUUUCCAGACUCCUGUGCAAGCCCUCAGACUCUGCAUGGUUGUCAUCUCUGGCCCCGUUGGGCUGUGCUUACCUGUGACCACAUUUCUGUCCCCACCCCAUGGGCUCUUGAAUA